AUGUUUUACAAGUCAGCGCAGCUGCGCACGUGGGCAGGAUCAAUGGUGCCACAAUUUGACACUGACAGCGAAACGCUAAGGAAGGAAGGUGUUCUGAGACCUAGAUAACUAAUUAGCACAGGUAGUCCACUCUGUCUUUCAUCUUUACAAGCACUCAAACAUGGAAAUAUGGCCAUGUGGGAACCCUAACCCUAUAAAGGGAUCUGAUAUCUGCCCUGGCGUCCUCUCUACCUUGAAUGUUUGUGGAAUGGCUGCAGUUUGGCAGCAGGUGUUGGCAGUGGACGCAAGAUACAAUGCUUACCGCACACCUACGUUCCCACAGUUCCGCACGCAAUACAUCCGCCGGCGCAGCCAGCUGCUCAGGGAGAACGCCAAGUGUGGCUUUGAGCCGGGGCUGCGCAGGCGUUACGUGAGGCUGCGCAGCCAGCUGCUGGGCCUGCGCUACGGACCCCUGUCUGAGCAGAGCAGCUUCAGGGCCAGCAGUGUGCGCAGCUCCCGCACCACACUGGACCGCAUGGAGGACUUUGAGGAGGACCCCCGUGCUCAGGGGGCUCGUGGUCACCGUCGAUCGGUGAGCAGAGGCUCCUACCAGUUACAGGCCCAGAUGAACAGGGCAGUCUACGAUGAGCGACCCUCGGGUGCCUUGGUGCCAACCUCUGUGGCAGAGGCUAGCCGUGCCAUGGCCGGGGACACCACUCUGAGCGAGAACUAUGCUUUUGCUGGCAUGCACCACAUAUUUGACCAACACGUGGAUGCUGCAGUUCCACGGCUGCAGUUUGCUAACGAUGACAAGCACCUCCUAGCCUGCUGCUCAUUGGACAGCACCCUGUCCAUUAUGACCCUGUUCUCGUCCCCGCCCAGUGUGAAGGUGAUCCUGAAGGGUCACGCAGGUCCCGUCACCGACUUCGCUUGGUCCCUUAGCAACGACGUCAUCGUGUCGACGUCAAAGGAUGGGACGCUGCGUAUUUGGAACACGGAGGACGGGAGGUGUAUCCGUGAGGUCAGAGACCCUGAAGCCAGCGAACUGCUCUGCUGCACCUUCCAGCCCAUGAACAACAACCUCACAGUGGUGGGGAACAGUAAGCACCUCCUGCAGGUGGUAAACAUCUCCACAGGGAAGAAGGUGAAGGGAGGUUCUAGUAAGCUGACAGGACGGGUGCUGUCUAUGUCCUUUGAUGCCCCUGGGAGGAUCCUGUGGGCUGGGGAUGACAGGGGCAGCAUAUUCUCCUUCCUGUUUGACAUGGCCACAGGGAAGCUGACCAAAGCCAAGCGGCUGGUGGUGAGUGAGGGCAGUUCCAUCUGCAGCAUCUCUGCCCGCUCCUGGAUCAGCAGAGAGGCCCGAGACCCAUCCCUGCUUAUCAAUGCCUGUGUCAACAAACUGCUACUCUACAGGGUGGUGGAUAAUGAAGGUACUCUGCAGCUGAAGACGAGCUUCCCCAUCGAGCACGGCUCCCAGCCCCUCCACAGCAUCUUCUGCCCUCUCAUGUCGUUCAGACAGGGUGCAUGUGUUGUGACCGGCAGUGAGGACGCCUGUGUCUACUUCUUCGAUGUGGAGCGCAACACUAAGGCCAUAGUCAACAAGCUGCAGGGUCACGGUGGCCCAGUGCUGGACGUCAGCUUCAACUGUGACGAGAGUUUACUGGCCUCUGCUGAUUCCACAGGCAUGGUCAUCAUCUGGAGGCGGGAGCAGAAGUGAUCAACCAAUCACAUCCUCUACUGUCCAACCAUAAGCCAAUGUAACUUUACUUCUAGAAUGUUAAACACUGUACAAAAUUAAAUGAACACUGACAAUGUGCAAUGAGGUCGUCAAGGAAUAUGUGUGUUGUCUAGGUUUUAGUGGAGUUUGUAGGUUUUCAAUGUAGAAAAGAGAGCACUGCUUCUCACUGAAGGACCUGAGAGGCUUUGCACGAGUCAAGAUUAGGACACCUUAGUAUAGAGCAGUAAUGAAGCAGAAUAAGGAAAUAUUCUAAUUUACAGCCUUAUUUAUUCCUAAUAAGUUCUGCAUUUGCCUUCAAGCAUUUCCCAUGUUUAUUGUUUGACUCUGAUGUGUCAAUAACCCAUCCUAGAAAUCAGUAUUGACAAUUCAGAAUAACUACUGCAUCAAUAAAGACUGAUCAAUGAUGAGACCUCAACGUUUUGUGAGCGUUUUGUAUUUGCAUUAGCCUGUGUUUUGCUGGUUGCAAAUUACUAUAAUAUAUUUAUGAUAUGCACAUACAGAAUAAAAUAACCACUGUACAUCA